UUCAACGGUUUCAAUAACCUAAGAUUAAAAAGAAGCUGACUCGUCGUGGCCAGAGAUUUCAUUAAAAACAUAUCGAUAAAAUAUUUUGUUGUAACGAUUUAUCAAUCAUAGGAAAUCAUGUCAAGUACUUUAGAAGCUCUUAAGAAAAAGAGAGAAGAUUUGAAGGCAAAGUUGAUGCGACGGAAGGAAAUAACGGGGAUAGGCGUCGGUGAAAGCAAGUCACUGUCACUCAAGUUGGAAGUAUCAAGCUCACCCAUUCCACCUGUUAGUGUGCCUUCACAAAGUGUCUCAUCAACAUCAACAGGAAUCAAACUAGAAGAUGGAUCACCUCCUCUACCUAUUCCAAAGAAUCCUGUAAAUGCAGGAAGCCAAAGUAUCUCUGAUGGGACUGAAUCUAGGAAAAGAAAGAGAGAAGAAUCUGAUUCAGAGCAAGAUGGACCUGCUGCCGCAGUCAAACAAUCAGCCGUUAAAUCAGAAAAAGAAGAUGAAGUUGUUGAUCUAUCCCUAGAAAACCUUCUUUCAUCUACAUCAUUCAAAGAACAAGAGAGUAAAGAGAUGGGGCAGGAGAUACAUGAUUUAUUGAGUAUGCCAACAGCUAAAGAGAAGUCAAUCAAGGAGGCUUUCAAGUCUAAGGGAGGAACCGUCCAUGAAUUCUGCUCUCAUGGUACAAGAGAUGAAUGCAAGAAAGUCUCCGGAAUGCCAGAUUGUAAUAAGCUUCACUUUAAGAGGAUAAUUAACAAGCACACAGACGAAUCACUUGGAGACUGUUCAUUUCUCAACACUUGUUUUCACAUGGACACAUGCAAAUAUGUACAUUAUGAAGUGGAAGAGCGUAGUAAGAGUGGUGAGGAAGACAAAACUGCAGGACCGGUUGCCUUACAGAGGAUGAACAGUAAGAGUGGUGCAAGCGUCAUGACACCGCCGCAGUGGGUACAAUGUGACUUGAGAUCCAUGGACUUUGAAGUCCUUGGUAAGUUCUCUGUAAUCAUGGCUGAUCCACCUUGGGACAUUCACAUGGAGUUGCCCUAUGGAACGAUGCAGGAUGAUGAGAUGAGGAAACUCAAUGUACCACUCAUGCAAGAUGAAGGAUGUAUCUUCCUCUGGGUCACUGGAAGAGCCAUGGAGCUUGGUAGAGAAUGCCUGCAGCUGUGGGGAUACAAGCAAGUAGAAGAACUGAUAUGGGUCAAGACUAAUCAGCUCCAGAGGUUGAUCAGAACAGGCCGGACUGGACAUUGGCUCAACCAUGGCAAGGAACAUUGUCUGUGUGGUGUCAAAGGUAACCCGGAUAAUUUCAACAAAGGUCUUGAUUGUGAUGUCAUCGUAGCUGAAGUGCGUCAGACGAGUCACAAACCUGAUGAGAUCUACGGUCUGAUAGAGAGGCUUUCACCAGGCACCAGGAAGAUUGAACUCUUUGGUAGAAUGCAUAAUAUACAACCAAACUGGGUGACACUAGGGAACCAGCUGGAUGGCGUACAUCUCGUGGAACCAGAAACCAUCAAGAGAUAUCAAGAGAAAUACCCAGACAAUAAUGCUUUGAAAGCACCCCAGAAAUGAGAACAGAAUGAGCUCCCAGCCAGCCUGCCCAAGGUUGCCCCAUGUCCAGCGUCCCGUCAAGGUCUGUGUUACUGAUGAGGACUAUUCUAGAAAAGAGAUUGGAGCAAUACCUGACUGAAGCUGUGACUCGGCCAGGAGGUGAUCAAGAUCUGUAUGCUUCUAUGAUGACACCAGAAUGAGCUCACUCUCUGCUACGUACCUUGCUCCCUCCCAUCUCACGGCCUGUAUUGUCCAAGAGGGCAGCUUCUAGACGUCGGUUAGAUCCGAGUGUUCAUGAAGCGAUGGCUGUGGAACUUUGAUGAUCGAGGAGGUGAUCCAGGGGAUGAUCCAGGAGGUGAUCCAGGGGAUGAUCCCGGGGAUGAUCUGGGAGAUGAUCCAGGGGAUGAUCCAGGGGGUUAUCUAGGAGAUGACCCCAAUCAGAAUGCUUCUUAAAUCAGCUAAAGCUAAAGACCAGACAGUAUGUCAUGAACAUUACUGUUCAACACUGUUUUGGUCCUUGAAAGUAUUAUGGUGGUUAAUCUGAAUUACUUUAAUUAAAUAACUAUCCAGGAAUAUAACAAUAAUUUAUGGUAUUUUCUGUUAAUGUGUAAUGAAGAUUUUUACAAACAAGCCCUAAAAUGUAUGGAUUGGAAAUAGAUAUGAAGAGGCGAAGCUUAACAUCACAAUACUAUAGGUACAAUGCUGCAUUGUAAUGAUGACAAAUGUAUCAAUCAUUACUCUUGAUGUAAGCCAGUUAAUGUAAUCACUAAAGGUUUGUCUUAUAUUUUAUAUCAUGAUUUCAGACAGUAUUUCUGUGAGUAAAAGUUGGUGUCAUUUUUAUAACAGUUAAAGGAGAUGUUGUGUUUGUAUACUAGAUUUCUGAUUCAAUAUGUUGUGCAUACACUACUCACAGACUAUUCAAAUUUGAUACUAACCAGAUACCCCAGGUGGUCAUUAAUUUAUACAGUAUUACCUCACUACACAUCACAACCUUCUACUGUAAAGCAAGUUUUGAAGAAACUGCCAUAGUGUGAAAUAUGUAAAAAUUAAAUGAAUUACAUGAAUUAUAUGGAUAGUAAUGAUAGUAUACAAAUAGUGAAUGGCCAUGAGUGCAAUGGUACAAGAUUGUGCAAGAGGUGAAAGAUAAAGAGACGGUUGAAUGGAGCGUCUCAUCUUUCACCGAAUGCAAAAUAUUGUUCCAUUGCACGAAUAAAGACCAUUCACUAUUUGUUUUAUACAACACCUCGGACGUUAACGAGAUUGAAACAAUUUUUGUUUAAAGAACAGUUUUUCUAAGCCUAAAUCUCAGCGAUUUAAAAAAAAAAUUGUUGAUGAAAUUGCUGAUAGUGAGCGCGCGCUAUUGUUAAGCAGGCACAAACCAUGCGCGCACCAUGGGCAUACCAUGCUUUGUGUUUAUUGUUACGCGGAGUGCAAUUUCUGUUGAUCCAUUCGCACCAUUGCACAGUGACUUCACUUAGCUCACAAUAUACUUUGUACAUCGUUAGUGAUGUCAGAGUGCAAUGGUGCGAAAGGAUCGACUGGAGUUGCACGGCUGGAGAAUGAUGCCAUUCAAUUUGUACUGUGAUCAAGAAUUGACCAAUGAGGUUGCAAGAAUCUUAGUAGGCGUUGUAUAAUGCUAAUUAAAGCUGCUGGGCAUUUAAAUACUUCCAGCUGGAAGAAAUUAAAAAAAUUAAAAUAAAAUAGGGUUCAAAAUUGGGACAGACUUGUGACUUGUGUGACACUGUGAAUCAGAGAAUUUUACUCUUCACAUAAAUAUUACGAUCUCAUUUUCUGAUGAAAUUAUAAAUUUAUAUAUUUCUGAUCUAAUGCUUUAAAAUUUCUUCCAGAAUCAGACCACAGACUGAUCGUAUAGCAUGUAGUGAACUCGAGUCUUUCUCUUUCCUUCAACAUUCUUGAUACAACCUACUGCUUCUUCAGCUCUGUUUCAAGUGAUGUAGGUUCAUUCACCAUCUAUUGUUAGCAUCAGACCAGGGUCACACUGUAGCUAGAGUCCAGGGUGGUAGAUGAAAUGAUAACAUGCAGAUAUUGCAUUUGUUGCAUCUUGGAUUAUAUGCUGAAUCCCAAAUUGUCAGUGCUACGUUUGUGUCUUUGAUUAAAGGGCCAGUCAGAUCAUACAGAUAACGAACUUUAAAAUGGGUUGAAGAAUGUAGCCAAUGAGAAGCAUUGAAAUGGAUCAUGUGUGCAUGCGUUAAUUUUGACCAUAGGCACAAGGCGAGUAUUUUGGUCAUUACAACCGCCAAUUUCUUGACUUUAUACUCGUAUUGUAGACCCAUGUUAUAAAACAAAUAAUACAUGUUUUUCGCUCGUGCAUUAGUGAUAUGCAAUGAGAUGGACAAUGAAUUGAACAAUUCUUGUUUGUUAUCCUACUGUGAAUUAACCUGCGUGCAGUGCAUAUUAGCUAAUGCAUUCGGAAGAAUGUAUUAGUUGUAUAGCGUUACAGUAAACUGUUUCCAAAGUGCUCUGAUUGUCUAAAGACAGACCUCAUCAUAAAUACCUUGAGAGCCUGACUCCUUCAAUGCGGUGUCAUUUCAGGAGAACUGAUGUGGGUAGUUUCCUUAUGCUUUCUUGACAGAAGUUCAAUGAUUUUGUAUCUGUUUACGUUACCUGCCCUGCAUGAACCAUUAAUCAGGUCAGGUCAGGUUCUGGGCUUUUCUUUGUAUGCCUUUGUCAUAAUGUCUCUGUUCCUUAAUUGCUUAAAGGUAAAGACCAGUAUUGGAAACGCCCCUAUUUCAAAAAAUGAAAUGGAAGCUCUUAUUACCAAUCAUGGGAAAGAAUAUGUUUUGAAUAAUACAUGAUGAUAACAAUUUUGCCGGGAAACCGCGUACUAUUUGAUAUAUUUGGUAAAUUAGUUUAUCUAUUGGACUGUGAGUGAUAAAAACGCAUGUGUCCCGCACAUGUGCGUAGUCCCAUAUACAUCUUUCUGUGUACAGUCCUUGUAACUUUAUGAAGACUGGGCCAAAUUUCUUAUCAUUUUGAAGAUUCCAGAACCUUGUAGUACAUCUAUGCUAGAUGAUCAACCUUUUCUGAUCGAUUUCACAACGUUUCUUUCACAAUGCAAUCGCAUGACCAUAAUUGGUCUUUAUCUUUAAGUAUCAACAAAGUGAUGUACCAACACCUUGAGGUAUGACCACUUUUAUUGUUAUACAUAAAUUAUCUUGAAUCUUGAAUAUAGUUACUCGAUGCACAUACAUGUACAGGUAGUUUAUAGUUAUCACAGACGUCUGUCCAGAUUAUAAAAUGCAGUUUCAUGCAAUGGAAUUAUUUGACAAUGUAUGAAGUAAAACCAAUUAUUUUUUAAUAAAUUGCAUUUCCUUAAUCUAA